UCGUCCCCCCUCACCCCCAUCGCCUCCGAGUCCCGGCCGCUCUUCCGGCACAGUCCCAGGGGCCGCCCGGGGAGCGCCGAUGGAGCGGCCAGAACGGCCCCCGGGGAAAGAGCUCGCCAUGACGCCGCUGCAGGACUGGGGCGAGGAGACGGAGGACGGAGCCGUGUACGGGGUCACCCUGCGGCGGCUCGGGGCCGGACCGGCCGGGCCCGGACCGCGGACGGGAGGCUCCCGGGGCCAGGCAGCCCCAUCUCCCGGGCUCACCCCAACGGGCGCUUUUGUCCUGUACCGGACCUGCAAAGUGCGGACCCUAAAAGCUGGACGGUUGGACCGGCUGGUGGAGGAACUGGUGUCGGGGGACCAGGCUCAGGACCCUACAUUUGUGCCUGUGUUCCUGGCCACUCACCGGGCUUUCACCUCCACCUCCGGGGUCCUGGAGCUUCUGUUGCCACUGGCAAACAAGUCAGAGGGAGAGAAUGCGAAAGAGACCACUAGGCCCCUGGGCGGGAGCCAAGGCCAGAAGCAGAGGGCCCUGCUGGCCACACUGGGAUCCUGGCUGCGGGAUCAACCCGAGGAUUUCCGAGAGCCGCCGACCCACCCUGCCCUGCACCGAGUCUGCACUUUCCUGAGCUGCCUGGCGCCCGGGGGUCCCGAGGAGCGCGAGGCCAAGCAGUUGCUGAGCCGCUUCCUAGCUGAGGAGGUGCUGCAGGAGGGGACAGAGGAGGAGGAGGCGAAGGAGGAGGAGGAGGAGGAGCUGGACCCUGCAGGGUCCUCUGCCCAGGUGGGCGUUUUGGGGAAGGAGCAGGAGGGAGCAGGCAGCCUGGAGAAGGGGCUGGACCUACUGGAUUUCAGCACUGACAAAGUGGCCGAGCAGCUAACCCUGAUGGAUGUGGAACUGUUCCGGAGAGUGCGUCCUUCAGACUGCCUGGGCUGCAUCUGGUCCCAGCGGGAUCGGGGGCCUAGUGGGGGCAGAGCGACCAGCUCGGUCCGAGCCACUGUGGCCCAGUUCAACGCGGUGACUGGCUGUGUCAUCACCUCAGUGCUGGGAGACCCCACCCUGCGCCCUGCCCUGCGGGCCCUGAGGCUCGACAAGUGGAUCCGCGUGGCCCAGCACUGCCGGGAGCUGAGGAAUUUCUCUUCGCUCCGGGCCAUCUUGUCGGCUCUGCAGUCCAACCCUGUAUAUCGGCUGAAGAGGAGCUGGGCAGCUGUGAGCCGGGAGCCCCUGUCUGUUUUCCGGAAACUCUCCCAGAUUUUUUCUGAUGAGAACAACCACCUCAGCAGUCGAGAGAUCCUCACCCAGGAAGAGAUGGCCCCAGGCCCCCUCGAUGGGGAAAACAGCCUCCACGGAGGCCAGCAAGAUCCCCGGCCAGAACUGCCCCCAGGCCCGGUCCCGUACCUGGGCACCUUCCUGACUGACCUGAUCAUGCUGGACACGGCUCUGCCCGACCUAGUAGAGGGAGAGCUCAUCAACUUUGAGAAGAGGCGGAAGGAGUGGGACAUCCUGUCACGUAUCCAGCAGCUGCAACGGCGCUGCCUCCGCUAUUCCCUGACCCCGUGCCCACCUAUCCUGGCCGCCUUCCGGGGGCACCGCCAACUCAGCGAGGAGCAGAGUUACAGAAUAUCCCGCAUCAUUGAGCCCCCAGCCUCCUCCUGCCCCAACUCCCCCAAAGUCCGCCGCAGCCUCACCAAGCGACUGAGCGCGAAACUUUCUCGGGAGUGCAGCUCAUCACCUGGCCGGCGCCCUGGAGACCCAGGCUCUCCCACUGCUGGGCCCAGCUCGGAGAACACUGGCUCCCCACCCCUGUCCAGCCCUCGGGAGCGGGAGCCCCCGACUCUCAGCCCCCCCGCUUCGCCGAAGGAAGGUGGUGGUGGCAGAGGCAGCAAGUGCUCUCUAGAACUGACCCUGGGCCCUGACGCUCCCACCACUGCCCUCUCAUCCCGGGGGCCAACCUCACCAGUGGGCAGUGCCCGCCCUGGGCCUCCCGGCCAGCACAGCCCAGAUGCCUGCAUCAUCCGCGUCAGCAUGGACAAUGACCACGGCAACCUGUAUCGCAGCAUCCUGCUCACGAGCCAGGACAAGACCCCCGGAGUUGUUUUGCGGGCACUGCAGAAACACAACCUGGAUGGGCCCCAGCCCCAGGGCUAUCAGCUGUUUCAGGUCCUCCCAGGAAACAAAGAGCUGUUCAUUCCGGACAAUGCCAACGUCUUCUAUGCCAUGAGCCCGGCAGCCCCGGGUGACUUUGUGCUGAGGAGGAAGGAGGCACCGUGUUCACUCUCCCCACUGCACAGCUGAGGCUGCUCCCCAAGAAUCUGGAGCCACCCUUGGUGGGGAGAAGGGCACCGAGAGCCUUUGGCCCUGUGGUGGUCUCCCUGGCAUCCCGCCCCCUCCAGAGGGCACUGGUCCUAACACCGCUUCCCUGGAUAGUACCUGCCUCUUGAGUUUCCUCUUGCCCUUCUGCCCCCUCUCAGUGACCCAAGAAAGGAGGGAAGCCAUGAGUGAUCAGCUACUGAUCAGCUGGCAAGUUUGGAUUUGAGCCAGGCUGCGUGGAGCAGGGUCAAAGGGGUCACUGGAUGGACACCAAGCAGAGAUGGGCAGGAAGAUCCAACCUUUGAUGUCCCCAAUGCUCUUGUAUCUGGCUGCUUUGGUUUGGGGGGGGGGUUUUCUCGCAUCAUCCGUGAGGCCUUGGGCAAGUCCCCUAACCACUCUGU